AUGAAAGGCAAGCAAAUUUUCGAAGGCGGGGACGACGAUCGUGGUCUUCGCAACUUGAAGGGAUUAAGGAAGCUGGGCGAUGGCGCACAAUCGACCCUCUUCUUCUUCUUCUUCUUCUUCUUUUUCGUCUUCUUCUUCUUCGUCAUCAUCAUCAUCUUCUUCUUCCUCCUCCUCUUCUCCAUCUCCGUCAUCACCUGCCACUAG